AUGGCACGCUUCAACGUCCCGCACCUAUGGAACCCGUGUUUAUUCCACAAGGUGCUAAACAUCAACUCAUCGGGGAAUCUAAAGACUAUCGAAUACUUGAAAUUGCGUUUGGACACUUUGACGAAGAAGAUAUCGUUCGUCUUUCAGACAAGUAUGGAAGAAUUGAGUAAAGAGGGGAUGUCGUUGGACAGUAAGCUACAUUUUUUAGUUGACGAUGGGGCAGCUGGUUCGUUCCCGCAGGCGGCGCAACAGAAGGUUGAUACCGCUUUGCAAAGGAUUCACCUUCUAUUUCAGGAUGAAACGGAAGCACCGCUUGCCGAGUUGGAGCGUGGGCUUCGUGCGUGGACCCGGAGUCAUCUCCAGACCGAGGAUAUUGCCCAAGUCGCGGCGUUAGCUACACGCGCACGUGAGGCGUUCUCGGUGUUAGUCAUCAUUGGUGUGGGUGGUUCCGAUCUGAGUGCCCGCGUCUUUCACGAUUCCUUCAACCAUCCGUAUCAUAACUUGCUGUCGGUUGAAGAACGCGGUGGUGCCCCCGAAGUCUAUUUCACAGGCGAUACCUUCGAUCCACGCAAGCUUGCCGGCUUACUUGAAAUGCUCAAAGCGAGGAACCUUCUUGAUAAGACGCUCUUCAAUGUCAUUAGCAAAUCCGGAACAACCACCGAAACUAUGGCGACGUUGAUGGUUAUCCGUGAUGCGCUUGAUGAUGUAAACUGGCAGCAACAAGUCCUUGCCACUACCGGAUUAACCGCCGACAGUGUGCUCUUCCGAAUGCAUGAGCAAUCACCUUUCUACGGCGACACCCUGCUUCCUGUUCCUGAUGGGGUUGGCGGGCGGUUUUCAGCUUUCUCUCCAGUCGGAUUGUUCUUUCUCGCUAUGACAGCAGGAAAGAACGAAACUCCCGAUACCCGAAUUCGUGCCGCGGUCGAAGGUGUGAAUCAGGCUCACGAAGGCUUUAAUCUCGCUUAUAAUCAUCGGGAUAACAUUGCCUAUCAAUUGGCGCGAUGGAUUCAUCUCUCUGAAGAAGUCGUCAGCGGUCAGCAGUCAGCAGUCAGUGAAGAAGCGGUCAGCGGUCAGCGGUCAACAGAACCCCGUAGGGGUGGCAUGUUUAUAGGGGAGCGAUGCCCAGAGGACCAUAGUUUAAAUAUUGUUUUUUACAACUACGCUGACGGGAGUUGUCUCGGUGAAUGGUUCGUCCAACUUUAUACAGAAUCUAUUCAGGAGCGGGGCGGCGGUGCUAAUGUCAUAAAUGCGAAGGGACCCACGAGCAAUCACUCAAUUCUCAACGGUAUUAUCGCCGGUCCCAGAGAUAAAGCCGUUUUAUUUAUUCAUUGGGAGGAACUUGGUUCCGAUUUAGUACUGCCGAAAGAGACUGGAAUGGACAGCAAAUUAACCGAGUUUGAAGGUUUAUCCAUGACGCACAUGCAGGCUGCUUCGUAUCGCGGGACUGCUUUAGAUUUUAGUGAAAAGGGUAUCCCCAAUGCAACGCUAACCCUCCCGAAGCGGGAUAUUCAGUCUGUUUGUCAGUUGAUGCGUCUCUUAAUGGACACUAUUGCCGUGAAAGGCAGGCUCCAGGGGUUACAUCUUGACAAUAAUGGCGGGAGUGAGUUAACAUACCUGCAAGAGGGUGUUGAAGGCUAUAAGCGGAAUUUCCGAUCUUUUGCCUUGACACCGGGUGUGGACAGCGAGUAG